ACAUCCGCUCUGAUUUUCCGCCAUCUUCCUCUUCGUAGUGUACCCAUUGUUCAUACAAGCUAAUCACAGCUGGUUUGCAUGGUCAACAAUUGAGUUGAUUGUUGCACCUUUUUAAAUCUUCAUUAACAGUAUACAAAAGCCACAUAUUUAGAAAUUAGAACGUGCGUGUAAAUUCCUCUAUAUACAAGGACAACACUCUGUGUGCAACCUACGAAAGCAGCAGCAUGAUGAUGAUGAUGGACGACGAGCAGCCCAAAACCCUGUAUGUUGGGAACCUGUCCAGGGAUGUCACUGAGCCCCUCAUCCUACAGGUUUUCACACAGAUCGGCCCUUGCAAGAGCUGUAAAAUGAUUGUUGAUACUGCAGGCAAUGACCCAUACUGCUUUGUGGAGUUCUAUGAACACAGACAUGCUGCUGCUUCACUGGCUGCAAUGAAUGGGCGUAAGAUUAUGGGUAAGGAGGUUAAAGUCAACUGGGCCACAACACCAAGCAGUCAGAAAAAAGACACAAGCAAUCAUUUUCAUGUCUUUGUUGGAGACCUUAGUCCUGAAAUCACCACAGAAGAUGUCAAAGCUGCCUUCGGUCCAUUUGGGAGGAUAUCUGAUGCUCGUGUGGUCAAAGAUAUGGCAACAGGGAAGUCUAAAGGCUAUGGCUUUGUCUCUUUCUUCAACAAAUGGGAUGCAGAGAACGCCAUUCAGCAAAUGGGUGGCCAGUGGCUUGGUGGCCGACAGAUCAGGACCAACUGGGCCACAAGAAAGCCCCCAGCCCCUAAAACCACUUAUGAAACAAAUACCAAACACCUGUCCUUUGAUGAGGUUGUGAACCAGUCUAGUCCCAAUAACUGCACUGUGUACUGUGGAGGAGUCAGCACAGGUCUAACAGAACAACUGAUGCGGCAGACCUUCUCUCCCUUUGGGCAAAUCAUGGAAAUACGGGUUUUCCCAGACAAAGGAUACUCUUUUGUGAGGUUCAACUCUCAUGAGGGUGCUGCCCAUGCCAUUGUGUCUGUGAAUGGGACUUCAAUAGAGGGCCAUAUGGUGAAGUGUUACUGGGGUAAAGAGACCCCUGACAUGAUGAGCCCUAUGCAGCAGGUUCAGCAAGUGUCCCAGCAAAACAAAGUGGGCUUUGCCGCCCAGCCCUAUGGCCAAUAUGCCCAGUGGUAUGGCAGUGCCCAGCAGCUUGGCCAGUACGUCCCUAAUGGGUGGCAGGUACCCACCUAUGGGGUUUACGGCCAGGCCCAGGCCUGGAACCAGCAGGGGUUUAAUCAAUUACCGGCCAGUGCUGGGUGGACAGGCGUGAGUGCCCUCAGUAACGGUGGGGUUAUGGAAGCUACACAGGGAUUGAAUGGGAGUAUGCUAGCAAACCAGGCUGGUAUGGGAGCCACAGGAUACCCCACACACUGAUGGGGAGGGGGGGGGUAGUCAACUCUACUGGAGCACCACAGGGAUCUAUGUUUAAUCCCCUCCAUUGUGGCAGAGUAAGGCUUGUUGUUACAUGGCAUUUGAAGGGGUAGUUCACCUCUACUAGAGACCAUGAAGCUGAUUUCAUGCAAGGCUAAGGGGAACAAUGGAAGACUGGAAGAAACUACGGCAGUAUAGUGCUGCCCUUAGAGUAGACUGAACUUCUUGGGCAAGGUGGUACCAUUUUAAAUUAACUGUAAAAUAAUGUAACUGUUAAGGAGACACUUGGAUUUGCACCUUGGUUGGUUUAGCGUCUCAAGCUGCUACCAUAUUCAUAAUGACUUGAACAGUCAACAUGAAUUGGUUGUGUUUUGGAUGCAAUGAAUCAUGUAAAAAGUUUUUUUUUUCUGGACAUUUGUCUUUAUUCUGUCUUGGGUAAUGAAUAUCUGUUGUUUUCAAUAAAAACUAUUGCAGGGAUCGAUGCCACUGCUUUUCAUUCUGUAUGCACAGUAUUCUUGUGUAUUUUUACAAAUUUGAUUUUGAAGGUGUUUUUUGCAUUCCACUUUUCAACAUUAUUUUGGAUGGCCUCUAAUUUUGUUUUGUGUAAAUAACCAUACUAUUGAUUUCAAACUGUGUAAAGGUAAAUGCUAAUGUUCACUAUGGGAGCUUGCUUGCUUUCUAUGUUGUUUUUUUUUGAUAACUGAAGAAAAUAAACAUUGUAAGUAGCAACACUAUCAAAUACAUAUCUAUGGGAAUCGGCACACUGAUACUUGUACUUCCGGGUAGGGAAAAGACAGCAUUGCUAUGCAGUGCAUAAAAAUGUUGAAUAGUUAUUCUGUGCAUAAAUUGAGUUUUUUGCCAUUUUCUAUGAAGUGAGAUCAGUAUUUUUUAUUGGAAAAAAUUUGAAUUGAUCAGAAAUGUGCACUGUUGCCUCUUGGACACAAAGAUGGACUUGACACAUUGUGUUGCCUUACAGAGUUGGUUGCUUUAAACAGACAAAGAUUUUCUGAUUAGGCAGUGCCUAUGGACAUUUUUUUGACUAUGGUUUUAAAGUGUUAACCUCUGGGGUUUGAUAAUGUUUCUGCUACUAUAGUAACCAAUGUGUACUUGCUUUGUCAAAUAAAAUGCUGAUGUGCAUAAACCCUU